CGUAAAACCUUGAAGAGUUAACUGGAAAACGUGAAGGUAUAUUUGUUGAGUUUGUCGGUGGCGCGUCUGGUGAGUUGCCAGUCCAUGAGUUGCUCAAUGCAGAGCCGAGUCAGCUGCUUCAGUCUCAGUGCGCGAGUAGAGGCCCUCAUAGUGUGCAGUACUAGUAACAGCAACAAAGGCAGAAACUUCUAAAGCAGUUAAUAUACAAACUUGAAGAUGGUGUCUCAUUGGACUAUUGAUGUGGUGGUGAUGCUAGCACUGGUGUCUGCAGCAUCAGCCCUCAAGUGCUACAAAUGUAAAGACUGUGCUAACCAGUCUGCCCAGGUUGAAGAAUGUUCUUAUAACUAUGAUACCUGUAUGAAAAUUGAUCUUAGUGGCCAUGUAAUCAAGGGUUGUAGUAGAAGGGUUGAAUGCAGCUUGGGAACCAUUGAACGUGGAGCCGUCGACGCUUGGAACUCUGUUAAGAAUUGGAUAGCAAAUCUACAUGAAGAUAUUGAAGUGCCUCAAGAUGCUCAGGCCAGGGUGGUGGGCUGCUGUGAACAUGAUUACUGCAACUCUGCUGUCACCAAGUUGAUGAAUCCUCUCCUCUUGCUCCUGCCUCUCAUGAUGUACUACUUGCAGUGCUAGGCUCACAUGCUGUAUUG